AAUCAUUAUCAUUCCAUAUUAAACGUUGCAUAUGCAUGGGCGGCAUGUCGCGUUUAGUUUAUUCCGGAGAAUCAACACGAUCGGUCGCAAACGGUGUUUGUUUAAAUUAGAUUUAUAAAUUGAACAACGACUUUUAAAAGAAACCAACAAUGGUUGUCGACAUAGACUUGCCGGACCCAACGGUUCUUAUCAAACUGCAUGGCACAUUCAUGAUUAUCGCCUGGAUUUUGUUCUCAUCGAUUGGCAGCACAGUUGCAAGGUAUUUUAAGAAAACAUGGAUUGCAGAACGUUACUUCGGUGGAGAAGCAUGGUUUCUGUAUCACCGGGUGUACAUGUUCUUCACAUGGCUAUUGACAUGUUGCGGCUUUAUCAUCAUCUUCAUCGACAUGGAUGGUUGGCAGGAUCAUGCCCACGCCGUUGUUGGUCUGAUUACUUUCAUCCUGUGCUUCCUGCAGCCCAUUUUCGGCGCUGUCAGUCCAUCGGAGGAUGCUCGAAAAAUCUUCCGUCUGGUGCACGUGGUUUCCGGUCACUUGGCAUACGUUUUGGCAGUAACCAACAUGUUCCUGGCUAUGGGUUUGAGUACGGCCAAAUUGCCGGAAGAGAUGUACGGCUUGUUCGGAGCAGCCGUCGGGUUUAACUUCCUGGUCCACAUAGUGUUCAACAUUCUGGAGUACAUGUCGAUGAAGAAAGGGAUCCCUACGGAUCCGACGAAAGAUGCUUCGUAUUCGAGAUGGCGUAAGGUGACGUUGAUGGUGCAAAUGAUUGGACUAUUUGCAUUUACUGUGGCACUCAUUGCAAUGCUGUGGAGAGAUUGAUCGACUAUAAUAAAAAAGUUUGCAAAUUUGUGAUAGAGAUGUUAUUUCAUAUACAAUCUGAUGAAUUAAUUGAGAGUAUCUUUGUGACUGUUCCACUGUUGAAUGGCCCAUUCAACUCAUUGAAAGACUUUGAAAGAUUACUGUUAUCAUUGAUAAGAGUAAUUUGGGUUUGCAUCGAUUCGAUAAAAUCAAUACGAUUUUGAAUCCUGUAGCGUUUAGCUACCAAUAAGCCCGAGUAAUAGCGUUAAAAGCAACAAUCAAUAGAUGUAUAGAAAAUAAAUAAAUAAUUGAUGAAUAAAAAAUAAAUAAAUG